UCUGGCAAAUAGAAUUAAUGGGAUUAUGCCUUUGAUAAGUAGUAGUUCCCAGUCUGCAUUUAUUAAUGAGUAUCAUGGAUCAUAUACUGAUGGCUCAGGAACUGGUGAGUGGGUAUAAUAGGCGAUUACUUUCAUCUCGAUGUGCCAUUAAAGUUGAUAUAAUGAAGGCAUUCGACUCUGUAAGUUGGAGGUACCUGUUUUUCAUGAUGAAUGUCAUGGAUUCCCUGCAACUUUUUUGAAGUGGAUUAGAAGUUGUUUGCAAACUGCUCAUUACAGCAUCAAUGUGAAUGGAAGCCUUUGUGGGUUCUUUAGAGCCAGGAAAGGUGUGCGUCAGGGUGAUCAUUGUCACCUUACCUUUUUACCAUUGCAAUGGAGGGGUUGUCUACAAUGUUAACUGAGGUAGGCCAGUCAGGGGUUCUUCCAUUCCAUCCUCUGUGUAAGAGAGUAGCAUUGAACCACUUAUGCUUUGCUGACGAUUUGCUAAUAUUCACUAAGGGGUCUGCUCAGGCAAUAAUGCAGGUCAAAGCGAUUCUAUAGCGUUUCUAUCAGAUAUCAGGACUUAACAGCAAUCCUGCCAAGUGUGAAAUCUAUUUUGGUGGGGGUUCCAUUCUCUACAAGCACAAUGCUCUGGCUCUUACAGGAUUUCAGGAAGGGAAACUGGCAGUCCGAUACUAGGAUUACCUUUGCUGUCUGGCAAAUUAUCUUCAGCGGAAAUUGAUAGUCUGGUUGAGAAAAUUACUAAAAGGAUCAGGUCUUGGUGGGCCAAGAAAGUCUCAUAUGCAGGAAGAUUGCAACUUCUUAACUCUGUACUCCUGGGGGUGGUUCAAUUCUGGAUGCAAUGUUCAUUCUACCGAAGCAAACUCUCAAGAGAAUACAAAAGGUUUGUUCUUAGUUUCUCUGGCAUGGACUAGAUGAAGGAAAGGCAAAAGUGGGGUGGGAGCAGGUAGCCCUCCCUAAACGGGAAGGGAGACUGGGGGUCAAAGAUUUGGUUGCUUGGAAUCAGGCUUGCACUAUAAGAAUGCUCUGGUUGUUUUUGAUGAAUUCAGGGGCUUUAUGGGUGGCCUGGAUGAAGGAAUAUAAAUGUGGGCAAUGUGAUAUGUGGUCAUUAAGAGUGCAGUACAGUAGCUCAUGGGCUUGGAGAAGACUUCUCAAGCUUGGAACUGUGGGUUUCCCCUGGAUACAUAAGCAUAAUGAUGUAGUCUAUUGGGAUUCAAAAGAGAUGGAUACUUACUCAAUCCGUCGAGUCUGGGAAACUUUGAGGAGCAGGGCUCCUAGAGUUGUGUGGUACAUGUUGGUAUGGAAUAGUAACUAACCACCUCGUUACAGCAUGAUUGCCUGGUUAAUAAUGAAGAAUGCAAUUGUCACAAGGGAUAAACUACUAAAAUGGGGAAAGAUCAGGACAGCAGACUGUCUGCUAUGUGGCAAAUGAGUGGAGAGCAGGGAUCAUCUCUUUACUCAGUGCACAUUUGCAAGGGAUCUUGCUGCUGAGAUAAGGUGUAACGUGCUGCUGCAUCCUGAUUGGGAUACUUUGAUACACUCCCUGACUUCUGCAGGAACAACAAGAACAGGGGAAUGGCAAGCUCUCGUUUGGUGCUUCUUAGUGACGUUUAUUUGGAAGGAAAGGUGCGGGGUAGUCCAUGGCGCUUCAUGUCGCACACCAAGGCAAGUUGCAGACCUUAUCAAGCAGAAAUUAACGCUCCUCACAUAUGGGAAUAGAGGGAUCCGAGAUACCUUAGUUGGGUUGAGAUACUUAUAGUUUUGUUUUUGCUGUUUGUUCCUUUUGUCUUAGUAUAGAACGCAGAUAGGUUGUGAGGUGUUUUUUCCAGUUGGUGACUUUGGGAUGAUUAUCCCUCUUUCGUUGUAUUGGUUUCUUGCAGAAAUAAAGCGACUGAUUCAACGGAAAAAAAAGAAAGGGAAACAAAAGCUCCAAAUCCAUAAAACCAUGUUGGGAGGAGUAAAUAUGGCAUUAAAUACACUGACUGAGGUAGGAAGGUUUGAGGGGGUAUAUGUCGUAUUGUCAAGUGUCUGUAUGUAGAAAGACAGAGAGACAGAGAUAAUAAAGCGCCCUUUCUUUCCCCAUUUCCUUCCAUCCCCCAUCCACUGUUAAAUAAAGCAUCACUUCUUCUCAAUUUGCAGCAGAGAACACACAGAUAAGUAGCCACCCAAAAGCUAGAAUCAAAGAAGAAGAAGGGAUGAAAUGGAAGAAAGAGGGAGGUGUUGGUUGAAUAUUGGUUCUGUGUUCCGCUGUAGCCCAUGCUUGGAAACCCUUUUCAAAUCCUUCCUCAACUGCUUAGGUUUUCAUGGUGAUGAUGAUCAUCAUCAAGAAGAGCAGCAGCAGCAGCAAGAAGGGGAGCAUGCAGCAGCAGCAGCAGAUCAGGCAGCUGAUCAAGAUGGAGGAGGGUUCACUUCCAUCAACACCAACUAUCAGCAGGAAACAGCAGGUUCAACAUCAGGAGUGGUGUCCCUUCGAGCUGUAGCGGUAAGAAGACCUGGAAGGCCUCCAGUGAGCUCUGGAGGAGGUGGUCAAAUCAAUGCUGCUUCAGCUUAAUUAAUUGUUUUACCAAUUAUUUACCUUUUACCUAUAUCAAUUUGUUCUUCUUCUUCUUCUUCUUCUUUUUUUUUUUGGUAAGCUUGAGUCAAGAAUUGGGUGUGGCUUUUUGGGGAUUCUCUCUUCUCUCUUUUGGUGUUGCUCAAGUUUCAUAGUACUUUUGUAGUUGCUGGAUGUACAUGUAUUAUUAUUAUUAUACACUACUAUACAUGGCAUUGUAUUUUAGAGCCAUAUGUCAAAUUGGUCACUCAACUUCAAUGGUUCUAUGAAUUUUCGUUGGCCGAGAAAGAUAACUAAUGUGACCGUCAAUAUUCAUUUUGAUUUUUUAUGAAUAUUUCUAUAUAAAUGAUAAAGUUAGUUGAACUGGGUACGACUCGUCUUUUUAUCUCGUAUCGAAUGAUACUUGAGAAUUAUAAUUCAUUGUACUCGAAAUCAUGCUACUCACAUUCAACUCCUCAGUUACCUUAUUUUUCAACUAUGUAUUUCGGUGAGUGAGCACAUCGGUACAAAAUGAUUUCAACGAUAAACCUUAUCAUGUCGUAUGAUUUGAUUGACAAUUACGUUAGUUUUCUUAAAUUCUAGCAACACGCUCACUAAAAUUUCGAUUUUGGUAAUAGGUACUUGUUAAUGAUUUCGAUUUUGGUAGUGAGCACAUCUGUACAAAAUGAUUUCAACGAUAAACCUUAUCAUGUCGUAUGAUUUGAUUGACAAUUACGUUAGUUUUCUUAAAUUCUAGCAACACGCUCACUAAAAUUUCGAUUUUGGUAAUAGGUACUUGUUAAUGAACCCCCCCCCCCCCCCCAAGCCUUACUAUAACCAUGUUAUACAAUUGAUCACCCUGUAUAUAUUUGACAAUAAAGAAACCGGAAGUAAUUAAAUUCACAAUUACUGAUUAACAAGUACAGCUGAACAGAAGAUUGGUUAAGAUAGAUGGGAUUUGGGGGUUUAAAUGAAAGAAAUUAAUGACGGGCCCAAUUUCUCAACCUAACAUCGUUAAGAAAAAAGUAGCAAUCUUCUCCACUAAUGGAAAACUUCGAGUUUGCUUCUCCUCUUUCCCAUUCUUAGUACCCUAAUUCAUGACAUACCAACUGUCUGUCCUGGUUUCCAUUGAAUACAGACAGAAUUAAUGG